CUUUAUUUAUAUCUAUACCCAUAUCAAUAUCUAUAUUUAUCUCUUUAAAAUAUAAAUACUUUUUUUUUUAUAAUUAUUUUUUUAAUAAUUUGUAUGAUAUAGUUUUGUUUUUGUGUACCAUAAAAAAUAUCCUUCAUAUAUAAAUAUAUAAUUUUAAAAUGGAUAAAUAUUCAGAAUAUACAGAUAUAAUAUUAGAAAAAGGGAAAGAAGUUCAAAUUUUAAUAAAAUCAUCCAAAUUUUUUGAAAACAUUCCAAAGCAAUAUCAUGAUCAUACUAUUAUUGGUAUUGCAGUAUUUGUUAUAAUAGUAUUACCCUUCUUAAUCUCUUUAAUUUUUAAAAGAAAUAAAAAAUCAAAUGAAAAACAAAUAGUUAGUUAUAAAGUUAAAUCACCAAAUAAAACACCAAUUAAAUCGCCCAACAAAAAAUCAAAUAAAACACCAAAUAAAACACCAAAUAAAACACCAAUUAAAUCACCAAAUGGAAAAAACCAAACACCAACACCAAGUAAAAAACAAAUAGUUAAAUAUCAAUACCCAGAUCAAUCAUUUGAUUUUGAAGAUGAUGAAAUCGAUAUCGAACCACAAUCACCAUUAAAACUCGAAGCUCCAAAAACACUUGUUGAGGUAGAUAAAAAAACAUCAAAAACCCCAUCAAAAAGAGGAAAGUUAAUAGUGUUUUCACCACCAAAAAACCAAACCCGUGCAAGAGUAGCACCAGAUAGAUUAGUUGUCGAAAAUAAAUCACAAAGAAGAAAAUCUACAAAAUAAAAAUUAUAAAACAAAGUUUUUUAAAAU